AAUCUCGGAGCGUAGGCACUGGAUUAUUUACGUAAAAAUUUUCCUUUUACAAAUUUUCGUCGUCUUUUGCUUUUUCUUUACUGCAACGUGGAGUGAAGAGGGGAAACAGAGGUAGGGUCAGGUGAUUGUCACGAGAAAAAUGCCGAUUCCCGCCCUUCGCGCUUCUUGAAAUCAAUCUACAGUCCACAGUAGAAAAAGAGAAAGCGAUAGGAUCGGGGGGAGACGGAGAGAGAGGGAGGAGAUGGGAGAGCCCUAGGUUUAGGGUUUUCGUAUGAGAUGGCGACGCCUGAGAGGAGCAAGAUUGGAGUGGCUCCGCCGCUCUCGAAGUUCGAGGAUUCACCUAUCUUCAACUUCAUCAAUAAUCUAUCUCCUAUCCAGCCUGUAAAGUCAGCACAUGGAGUGCAAGUGUUCCAUUCUUUGAGUUUUGCAUCAAUUUCUUCGGUCUUUGCUUCGCCACAUAUCAAUUCGCAAAAGGAAUCUAGAUUUUUGAUAAAGCAUCCUUGUUCGGACUUGUCAAAAUUGGAGAAUUCUUCUGAUAAUUUGGAUGAACGCAGCCUAUGCCCAGGUAUAUCAGAUGCUAGUAACCCUGCUGUUGCUCGAGAAAAUUGCAGUACAAUAUGCUCACUGAAUGAAGCUGCUGUUGACCCUCCUGAGGAAUGUUCAACCCAGCCUAGCAACUUGUCUCAAUCAAUUCUGUAUGACACUUGUAGUCCCAACCAUAAUACCACACUUUGUUAUGACAACAAAGCUGAAGUUAAUUUAGUUAGUGGUCAGACGUCAGUUCAAGUAGCUCAUGUCGUCGACGAUGGUACCGAAAAGAGGAAGCUUUUUUUAUUUGCUAAAAAGAUCGAGCUCAUGAAAGACACCACACAAAAUAAGGAAGAAAUUGGUGCUUGUGACUGGGAGAAUUUAAUUUCUGUAGAUGCUGAUGAUCUGCUGAUUUUCGAUUCCUCUACUGAUUCAGGGGCUUGCAAUAGUGAGGCUAAUUCGUUAACUUCGUCACAGAAGCCUGUAGAUGGCAGUGUUCCUUACCUUCAAAAUGCUCCCCAGUAUCCUCCAGGAGGGUUCAGUGAACAGUUAAUUGAGGAAAAUGAAACAGAUCACACUCCCCAGAUACUUUCAGGCUCUUUUCAGAAUCAAAUUUUGUUGAAUGAUCCAAAUCACGAAACUGGAAAGGGAGCUGACAGUUGCUUCCCCUUAGACUGCAAGGUUGAUUCUCAUCAACAACGUGGAAUGAGAAGGCGUUGUCUGACUUUUGAGUUAGCUGGAGGUUCUACAAAGAACUCAAACAACAACUCUAAACUCCAUCCUUCAGUAUCAUCGCUAUCCAGCAGAAAAUUUACUUUAGACGAUAAACUAUCAAUUUUAUCGAAGCCAGAAAGUAGUUCAUCACAACGUGUAUUGCCCGGUAUCGGUUUGCAUUUAAACACUCUUGCCACAACACCAAGUGAUAGAAUGGUCACUAAGGAAACUCUUGCUUUUGGUAAACGUUUUAUCAGUAUGCCAUGCUCUACUAGCCCGUUCCCUCCAAUAACAGCUGUGCAGAAGUCUGUGAACAAGUCACUGGAUGUUAUAAAAGAUGAACAUCCCACUGGUAGUGGAGUUCCAGGCCUUGAAGUCACACACGAUGAUGCUUCCGAAGCUCCGGCUGAUGGCGAAAAUUUAAUGCAGGGCAGUCCCAAGAAGAAAAAGCGGAAAUCAGAAAAUGGCGGUGAAAGUGAGGGUUGCAAGCGCUGCAACUGUAAAAAGUCAAAAUGUUUAAAGCUUUACUGUGAGUGUUUUGCUGCUGGAAUCUACUGUGUUGAGCCUUGCUCCUGCCAAGGAUGUUUCAACAAACCAAUUCAUGAAGAAACUGUUCUGGCUACUCGCAAGCAAAUAGAAUCUCGUAAUCCACUUGCAUUUGCUCCCAAAGUAAUUCGAGCUUCUAAACCUGUUCAAGAUAUGGCGGAAGAAACCAACAAGACUCCUGCUUCAGCCAGACAUAAAAGAGGAUGUAAUUGCAAGAAAUCAAGUUGCCUAAAGAAAUAUUGCGAAUGUUUCCAGGGUGGUGUUGGAUGCUCUGCAAGCUGCAGGUGUGAGGGAUGUAAAAAUGCAUUUGGACGAAAAGAUGGCGCUGAAGCUGUUCAUGCGGAAGACAUAAUGGAUGUUUCUGAGAAGCAACAGGACGAACAGCAAGAUGGUCAACAGAAUGAUAUUGCUCAAAAGAAUGAACAUUAUUCACCAGAAAGCAUAUUGCCAAUUACACCAUCUUUUGAAACUUGCAGACCCUUUGUCAAACCUCCUUUUCCUUCAAGUGGGAAGCCACCGCGGUCUUCUGCACUUUCCGCCUGCUAUCCAACAUCACAGACUCUCAGAAGAUGCGAGUUUCUCUCCAAACCAAAAACUGUGGAUCAUUCUAAUUCCCUUGCAAAUGAUGAUACUCCUGAGAUCCUCAGAUGUGAUGCAUCUCCUAACAACAGUGUGAAGAUUAUAUCUCCAAACGGGAAGAGGGUUUCUCCUCCACAUGGUGCACUUGGAAUAUCUCCAAACCGUAAAGGAGGAAGGAAACUGAUACUAAAAUCAAUUCCUUCUUUUCCAUCUCUCAAUGGAGAUGUGUCUAAUGAACACCCAGCAAGCUAUUCAAGUGAUCCUCUUAGUUAGUCCGUGUUGAAUUAAGAUGAUUUGGAGCUGAAUGACCUUGAUGCUGCUGAAGGAAAAAUAAUUAAUCAUGUUUGGCCAAGCUAAGAAGAUUGGCUACUAUUAUAUGAAGUGUUAAUGAACUGUCCGUGUUAGUUAUUGCUAUUGAGGUAUGUUACUAUGUAUAAUGUAGAUUAAUGAGUAGCACUUUUAUGUCUUUUUUAUGUAUCUAUGUACACAUGUACUGUUCACCAACUAUAGAAUUUUAAAGGAGUGGCCCAUCUCUUUGAGUUUUCCCA